UGUGAAUGGUUGAGAGCGGCGGCGCUGUUGUUGUUCGCAGCAUUGUUAAGGUGACAGCAGCCGUCACCCCCUCCAGUACCUCUGUUAACACACCUGUCAUGCUACACCUGUCAUAACACCAGGUCCACCAGAGUAAAGGGGCACAAUGGUACGAAGCAAGCAGCCUCCUCAACAGUUGAAUGAAAUACAGCAGAGGAGAGCUCAGUGGAACUUAAUUGAUGGUGCAGGUCCAGCGGACAACCAGAGAGAUAAUGGAGAUGCUGGUGCAAGACAGGAAGAUGAUGCCCAGCCAAGAGAUGAUGAUGACAUUGCCCUUUUACUGAACAAUGAAUUGAUUGAUGAUGAUGAUGAUGAUAUAGAUUUUAUACCUGGUGCCCUAGGAGAUCCAGCACUGCGGCCACGGGAAGUCCGUUGGGGAAGGUUUGCACAGGUUCGGUAUGAAGAUGGAGAUGACGAUUUUAUUGAUGAAUUUGAUGAUGAAGUUGUGUAUCUGCCAAGGCGGAGAGAGAGAGUGGUACGAGAGGAAGUGAACUAUGGUGAUUUUAAAACUGUUCUUAAUAACUGUCAGUUUUAUGCAAAAGUUUUAAAGACAGAAAACAAUAGCAUAGCAAGUCCAAGAAAAGAAAGAGAUAAGAGUAUUUUUUGCCAUUUUGGAAAUGUGUGUUUCAAGCUCAAAGAUAAAGUGACAAGCAAAGACUUUCAUCAGAUACCUGCUUCUGAAUUUUGGGUGUAUGUGAGUUUAGAGGCUAAUAAUAGUGCUGUUUACUUUGAGUGGAACUCUGAAGGGUCACCAAAAAAGUCUAAACAAAGGAAAAAAUCUGCUGAUAAUUUUUGUCACUAUAUGAUAGAAGGCAUCUUGGAUGUGGAAUUAUGGCAAGGGUUAUCCACUCAGCGAUACUUUGAUCUUACUCUAGAAAGUUUUGAUGAUUCCAGUAAUGAAAUGACAUUAAGUGUUUUCUUGAAAAGAGGAGGUUUAUCUGAAUUACGGCAUCCCAGUGAUAAUAUUCAUUGUAACGAGUUUAUGGGUGCAGUAGUUUCUUAUUUCUUUGGUGUUCGUAUGUUUACCUAUAAUGGUACCAAAAAUAUGAAGCAUAAUGUGGAAGAUCUCUUCACUGCUAUCAAGAACUGGCAUGUUGAUAAAGAGUACUGCUCCUUAGAUGUACAGCAUCCCAGUCUGAUUCCUCAGCUAAGACCAUACCAAAAGUCUGCUGUAAAGUGGAUGUUGCAUCAGGAGAAAUAUGAACAAGUGAAAAAAGAAAACAUGGAUAACUCUGGGGAUUUGCACUGCUUAUUUGUGGAAAUUAAGAGUAAAGAUAAUGUUACCCUUUACUUCAAUAAAUAUGGAGGGUUUAUUGUAAAGGAUAAACCUCUGGCUGUCUUACCAACUCCUGGGGGUAUUCUAGCUGAUGAAAUGGGGCUAGGAAAGACAGUGGAAGUUCUUUCAUGCAUGUUGUGCCAUCCAAGACAGAAUGUCAAAAAGCCAGCUUAUCAAGAUCCAAUUAACAUUGAAUCUCAUAAGCCUAAACGUAAAAGAAAAUCAGGUAAGAGGUUAACUGGAAAUGACAUUUUUACACUUGAUGGUGUACCAGAGGAGGAAGGUGAGGGAGUGGAAGAUUCUUCCUUGGAAGAAAGUAAGAGCAAAUACAUUGCCCAGGAUUCUAGCCCAACUGAUUCCAAAGGAACAAGAAAUGUAACAAGAGAAAAAAAAAACAAAAAGCGAGUGAAUAAAGAGUCUGAAAUUCCUCAGAAUCGUAUCAAAGUACACUUACCAAAGAGAGAGAAUGAUGAUAGUCUGAAUAAGAGUGGACGACCAAAGAGACAGGCUGCAAAGUUUGUCUGUGGAUAUGUAUCCUUUGAUGAUGAUGAUAUAGAAGAUGAGGAUAAUUAUGAGCUUCCAGAAAAGAAAACUGCCCUUAAAAAAAAUAACAUAAAGAAAACUACAUAUAAUGUAGAUCAAGAAAUUUCUGAAAGCACCCAUUGGUCUUCUAUUGAAUCUGCCAUUAUUAAAGAAUGUUGGGAUGGUAAUGCCAAAGAUUAUAAAAAGGAAGGUUCUUAUAAGGACUUUCGCAAAUUUUUGAGGACAAGAAAAAAGGAUCCAUAUUAUAUGAUGUCAGUAAAGGAAAGGCUUCAAAUUCAGUACAAUAAUAGCAUGGCAAAAUACAGUGCCAGUGAAGUAGUGACACGAAAAACUAUACAAGGAUUCUUUGAUACUAAAGUGGCCCAAAAGAGUUUCUUUGAGUGCCUCUGUGGAUCUGCAGAAAUUGAAAACCGAGAUGAGAAGUUUAGAGUUCAGUGCUCAGUGUGUAGUCUGUGGCAGCAUGCUGACUGUGUGCAGUACGAUGUGACAGAUCCCUAUAGAGGGGUGUAUAUCUGCCCACACUGCUGGACGCAGGAACAGCCAGUGGUAUCUGGAGCAACCCUCAUUGUCACUCCUUCAGCCAUUAGCUUUCAGUGGGUUAAUGAAAUUAUGAAACACCUGAAGCACAAAGCUAUUAGGAUGCUGGUUUAUAAGGGUGUGUCAACUCAGGGCUACAUGCAACCUCAUUACCUUGCCAACUUUGAUAUUGUCAUCACCACCUACGAGACUCUCAGCCGAGAACUGAACUAUGUGGAUUUGCCUCACAGUAACAGUCGGAUGGGAAGAAGGUUUCGACAUCCCAAGCGAUUUAUGGCAACUCCAUCUCCUCUCCCUUGUGUGGAAUGGUGGCGGGUGUGUCUGGAUGAAGCUCAGAUGGUUGAGUGUACUACCAACAAAACUGCAGAGAUGGCUCUCAGACUUGCAGCAAUUAAUAGAUGGUGUGUCACAGGUACCCCUGUUCAGAAAACGGUGAAUGAAUUGCAAGGCCUGUUGAUGUUCUUAGGAGUAGAUCCUUACUGGGUGGUACAGUGGUGGAACAGAUGCCUUUUCUUACCAUACUGCCAUGGAGUUAAGGAACCUCUUCACAACUUAGUAGCACAGUACAUGUGGAGAAAUGCAAAGAAAGAUGUUAUCCACCAGAUUGACAUCCCACAACAGACUGAAGAGGUUCACUGGUUGUCCUUUACUAGAGUCGAAGAGCAUUUCUACCAGCGCUUGCAUGCUGAGUGUUCUUAUGAUGCUCAGCAAAGGCUGAAAAAGUUUCCAGAUACUAAAACAAAACUUAACUCAUUGGACAGAUCAACUUUAAAUUCACUUCUGCAUCCUCUACUUAAACUACGUCAGGCCUGCAAUCAUCCACAGGUGGUGAAAGGGCAGUUUCUCUCAAUGAAUCGCAAGACUAUGACUAUGGAAAUGCUUCUGGAGAACCUCAUAAAAAAAACAAAAUUGGAGACGGAAGAGGCUCAUCGUUUGUUAAUUGCAUCUAUGAAUGGUCUUGCUGGUAUACACAUUAUUCAGGAAGAAUGGUCUCAAGCAGUUGAGAUGUACCGCAGUGUUCUUCGAUCCAUUGAGGAGCAUGCGAAUAUAAAGACUGAUUCAUUGCAACGUCUUCACACACUUCACAACUUGGCUGAAAUUUUGGAAUCAGGUCAUCCAAACAUUCAGCCCACACUCAGAGAUGAUUCACUCAGGGAAGAAGCUGAAACCAUUCGUAAGCGCUACUUGCAGCAUUAUCCGCAGCAGGUUGCUACAGCUGAUUUAGAAUGUAAUCAGAACACAAAAGCUGUUGAGAGUUUAGAAAAAAACUAUAAUCUCAGGACAAAAUGGUGGUUAGCUGCCUUGGAAUCAUUUGAUGAUGAUUUUGUACUAGAAGUGAGAGAUGAGAUGCUGUCUUCUUAUUCUAGAUUUGAAGAAAACAAGUGUAUUCUUUAUCCAGUCAAAACACGAGCACACUUGCAACUAGUUUUAAAUGCUGAAAUGAAAAAAAUAAAAAAUCAGAGGCUUGAGAUGAUUAAUGGAGUGAAAUAUUUGCAGAGUCUAGAUCCAGUAUCCUUACUUGAUGGAGCUAUUGAUUGUCAUCUACGUCCAACAGAAUCAGAACCACCACAGUGCUUAAUCUGUGCUACACAUGAACUCUUUGAAGAUUACGAAGAAACGUUGUUUUCAAUGCGUGAGUUAAAGCACAGCAGAACAACAGGUGUAUCAAAAGAAACUGAGGACAUAAAAGACAAAGCCCAGGUAAUGCAAGCUACUCGCCGUGGACACUGGGGUCAGAGUGAAAAUGAGCGAGUUUUGAGGUAUUUACAGACAAAAUCUUUAGAAAAGGUGGAGAGAGAGAUAUAUAAAGAUUCUCAAACACACUUUAAAAUUUGGGAAGCAACAAAGAGAGAGUUUAAAAAUUAUCGUAUUCUAUGGCGUGCAAUAUUUGAUUCUGUGUCUGCCAUGGAUGAAGUCAACAUGGCCACAAUCCGACUUCGCUUACGUUUUCCAGAUGAGGAGAUUCCUUUGCAAAAGAAAAAGAAACAGAGAGAGGACUUGGAAAAGAAAAUGGAAGCCCUCAGAUAUGUGGUAGAAGCAGGAGAACUCCCUCAACUACAGCUGAAGUUAAAAUCAGACAAGAUAGUUGCAACAAAUGACUUAAAAAUUAAACUGGGUCAGCUCCUCUAUCUACAAAAUCUUGCUAAGACCGAUUUUGGGAAAGAGGGUGGAAAAAAUCCUGAACCAUGUCCAAUUUGUCAAGGUGAACUAGGAGAGAAAUGGGCAGUUCUCCUUUGUGGUCACUGUUACUGUAUGGAGUGCAUGAGAACUUUGUCAAAUCGCGGGUUUAAUGGAAUGGACAAAAGUGCCGUGAAGUGUCCCAUGUGUCGCCAACCAACCCGAACUCGUGAAAUCUCUUACGUAGAUACUAAAGCAAAGGAGGAGGAAGAGGUCAAGGUUCAAGGAAGUCUCUCCACCAAAAUGGAGGGAGUAGUUCGUCUUAUGUUAAAAAUCAAGCUUGCAGAUCCUGAUGCCAAAGUGCUAGUGUUUUCUUCCUGGGUAGAUGUUCUUGACGUUAUAGCUGAUGCAUUCGCUCAGAAUGGUAUAACAUACAGAGCUCUCCAUAAUCGCACAAAGUUUCAGGUACAUCUAUUAUCAUUCAAAACUAACAGUCAGAUCACAGCCCUUUUGCUUCCUAUUUCAUCUGGUGCUAAUGGACUUAAUAUUAUUGAAGCACGUCACGUCAUCUUGGUUGAGCCUAUUCUAAAUCCUGCUGCUGAGUUGCAGGCAAUUGGAAGAGUACAUCGCAUUGGCCAAUCCAGGGAGACAGUUGUUCAUAGAUUUCUAGUUCGAGGAACCAUUGAAGAAAGAAUGUUUCACAUCUUGCGUCACCAUCAUGAUUCUCACCACACUGAUGAGAACACAGUCACCAUUGAGGAUCUGAAACACCUUUUCCUUCAUCCUGAAGAAUUAGAGUUGCAAAAAGCAAUGGCUAAGAAUUUUAAAGAAAAUAAUGCUGCAGACAACCUUGCCAGAGACAAAGAAGCCUUGAAUAACCUUCAAGAUCAGCAAGGAGGCCUGCAUACCCAACACAUUCAUCGAAACAGGGAGUUUUUAUUAUCCAGGAGUCCAACUCAAGCUAAUGAAAAUCAGCAAGUUGCAACAUCAGGCAUUAAUGAUCCUAUGUUUUUACCCUCAACCAGUAGUUUGUCUCGACCAUUUACCAUUAAGGCCUCUCUGUCAUCAACCAACAACUUUUCACAGUUGGUAAUAAAUGGGGUACCUCAACCAUCAACCAGCAGUAUUUCCCUGUCAUCAGCUAGUAAUUUAUGUCACAUAUCAGCCUCUAAUUUCUCUCGUCCAUCAACCAGCAAUACAUCUCAAUCAUUAACCAGUAAUGUUUCUCAAUCAGUUGGUAAUACCUCUCAGUCAUCUACUAAUAAUUCCUCUUGCCCAUCAACCAGCAAUACCUCUCAUUCAUCUAAAAAUAUUGUCUCACCCCCAUCAACUAGCAAUAUUUCUCAAUCAUCAACUAAUCUUUCACAUCCAUUAGUCAGUACUUCACAGUUAUCAACCACUAACUUCUCAGACCCAUCAACCCCUAAUUCUUUUCAGUCAUCACUUGUCACACCAAUCAUUCAGUAAUACUUUUCAAUGAAUAUGUAACUCCUGCAUACAUCAGCUGCAGAUUCAUGUCAAACAUCAAUUAAUAAUAUGUCUCAUCAAUCUACAAAUAAUUUGCCUCAGCUACCAGCUAACAACUGUCAACAGCCAGUUACUAUUGCUUCUUAAAAAAUGUCUUGUAAAUUAAUCCAGGUGAGUAACUCUGAUGGCCCUGUUACUCAUAAUUUGUUUCUACAGUCUUCCAGUCAUGAUUCACAGAUACCUAUGAUAAGUUUGUCAGCCAUGUCCUGCAGUAAUCUAAUAUAGGCGUUCUCGACUUAUGAUGGGGUUACGUUCCUACAAACCCAUUGUAAGUAAACAAUAUCAUAAGUUGAAUAUGAAUAUAACAUGCUAAAUAAAUAAGUAAAUAAAUAACUACUGUUACUGAAUAAGUAAAUAAGUAAUUCUUCUUUCAACGUACCAGCUGUAUCCCACCGAGGUGGGGUGGCCCAAAAGGAAAAACGAAAGUUUCUCCUUUCAAAUUUAGUAAUAUAUACAGGAGAAGGGUUACUAGCCCCUUGCUCCCAGCAUUUUAGUCACCUCCUCCGUCACCCAUGGCUUACGGAGGAAGAAUUCUGUUCCACUUCCCCAUGGAGAAAUAAAUAAUUAACUAAAUAUCAGUAUUGAAAAGUAAAUAAGUUAAUACAAGAUAUGGACUUGCCACCUUCAUGCUAGAUAAUUAUCUUAGGUUUCAUCUUCAAAAUAAUUGUUUUUGCACCAUUCUAAAGUCUAAAUAUCAUAAAUUGAACCAUCAUGAGUCGAGGAACACCUGUAUAGGGAUUCUGCUCUCAACUAUUGGCAUAUCAAGCAAUAUUCAGCAAUAUUCAACUUUUGAGUAGUGUCACAACUUCACAACCAUUCACUAAAUAUACUGUAAUUCAUUCAGCCAGUUACAUAUCGCUGGAGUUACAUAUCAUGUUUUCACAGUGGUGAUGAUGCAACUCGUGACCUGUUGCAUCAUCAUCAGCUGGUAAUUUGUUUCAGCCAUAUAAAAUAGUUUGUUGGAAAUACCCAAUCAGCCUCUAUCUUCCACUGUCUCAACUCGUCCUAAAGACUGAGUUUGUAGUACAGCCUCUCCUCACUUAACAACGUACUCAUUUAGCAACGACACAGACUUACGACGGGCUCUCUGACCAGUAUGCAUACCUAAAUAAUGUGGAUUGAAGCUGAUUUCCUCUAUUCUGUUUAUUACAAUGUACAGUACACUACUGUUAAACAUUUAAAAAUAUACCAGAAAUGUUAUAAAUGGUGCAAAGGUGAUAUUAAAACAAUAUCAAAGAUGGUUGACACAAACCCACUACCAUUAUAGUAUGGUCCUCGCUUAGCGACUAAUUCAUUUACCGAUAUGGUCUUAGGAACGGAACUCUGGUGUUAAGCGAGGAGAGGCUGUAUAUUUUAGUGAUUUCAGAAUGAUCAAAUGGUUUUGAAUGGUAUUUCCAUUAUCAGAGAGGUUUUCUAGCACUGCAACUUGUAGAGAAAUCAUUAUAUGACAGAGGCGUUGCACAGUAAAUAUAUCAGCAGUAGAACAGAAAAUUGCCCCUUGGCUCAGUAAUGUGAAAACUGAAAUCCAUUCAACUAAAUUAGGGACUUUUACAGUAUGAUAAAGAAAAUUAUUUGUGAAUCACCCUGCCAUGUAGUGGAAUGCUGUAUAUUGACUGUAACGAGACAUUUUCUUCAUUCUUUUAUUCUCAGGAUCAUUGUGAGCCACCUUCCAAUCACAAGUAAACAAGCUUAUAAGCCUUGGAAAGAUGCAAAACAAUUUAAAAUUGAAAAGUUAACUGGAUAUUCUCCAUUUUUAUAUGCAGAUUGUUUGACUAUACCCAAAGAUUUUCUAAAAUUGUACAUAUAAACAAAUUGCUAAUUGGCAAAAGUCAGAAUGCAUUUUGAAAAGUCUUGGUGAGAAAGUUUCAUUAAGUUGCAGUUUGUUACCAAUUCUUGGAAUGUAAUUCUCCAAAUCAGUACAUUUCUUCUUAGUAGCACUAUUGAACAUAGUACAAGCUGUAGGGAUUUUUAAUUCACUGUUUUGAGCAUCUCGUGGCAUUCAUCGAGAAUUGCACAAAAAAUGGAACAGAUUUCAUCCUAUUUUUUUGUGACUGAAUUAGUGAAAUCUAAAAGUUAGUGGUCCAAUAAUAUUUCUGGUUGUGGUUCUUAACUAUGGUACCUUUAAUACAGACCCCUUUCAUGAAUGUUGUCUAAAGUAGUUAGAACUGUAUAAAGUUGCAACUUUACUGUCCAGUACUUCAGUGAUAGAAAAAUGAUUUUUCAGUAACCGAUAACUGCCAUUUCAUUUUUAAAUGAAUAGAAACCUAGAAUAACUUUGUAUAUAUUCUGUGCACAUAAUUAUCAGUAUUUCUUUUAUUAUUCUCUUAUAUACAAAGGGCAAACCAUUGUAAUAUCACACAUAAUUUGCCACUUCAAGGUAAACAUAAACUUAACCUAUUUUUAGUAAUUUUUCUAUUGUAGAAAGCCAAGUCUUUUGCAGUGAAACUAUAUCAGUUGUACCAUGAGAACACCAAGAUUAAGAGACCUUAUACUAAGCACAUCUUUUGAGAUAUUUUACUGUGUGUGUGUGUGUGUGUAUUUUACUGUACUCGCCUGAUUGUAGUUGCAUGGGUUGAGACUGUGUGUGUGUGUGUGUGUGUGUGUGUGUGUGUGUGUGUGUGUGUGUACACGCCUAAUUGUGGUUGCAGGAGUCAAGUCACAAUUGGCCCCGUCUCUUCACUAGUCGCUACUAGGUCACUCUUCCUGCUCCAUGAGCUUUAUCAUACCUCUUCUGUGUGUGUGUGCGCACACACGUGCAUGUACAUAUGUGCACAUGUACCUGCUUAUUUGUAGUUGCAAGGGGCAAUUCUUAUAUCCUGGCCCUACUUCUUAUCUUAUUCAGAUUCACUCCCACAUUUGAAUCUGAACAAGAUUCACUCCCACAAAAAUGUGUGUGUGGUUUCUUGGGUGUGUGUUGUGUGUGUGAGAGAGAGAGGGAGAGAGAUGUAUAGUUAAUCCUAUUUGAAUUAGAGACAAGUGAGUUUCUUACCUUUUGACCCUCUGACAUAUAAUUUUUUUGUUUAUUUUUUAACCUCUUUAUAGAGCCUGCUUCCUGUGUAAUUGUUUACUUCAUUCAGCCUCCUAACUAGUCUUAAUGUUUUUACAGUCUUGUAACUCAUCUGGGUGCAUAAUUUUCAACUAUUCCCUCCUGCUUUUGUUACAUUUCUGGUAAACAACCUAUCUUUUUCUACCAUGUCCUCUCUUCUAGUAUUGCUGAAUUCUCUUCAUAUUGGUUCCUUUCUCUCUUUGUGGCUCUACAAAGAGAGAUAUAAUCUUUAUAUAAUUAUAUAAUUUCACAGUGGUGUGAAAAUAAAUAACAGAAAACCCAUCUUUAACAGCAGCAAACAACCAGUAUCAUUGCAUCCCUUCAUACAGCAUCUCAGGCUGAGGAGGUCAAGUGAUGCAGUGCAAUGAUACUGCUCUUGUUCCUUUGUUUAAAUGGUUUUGCUAUCAUUAAAUAACAGUAAGUUGAUUACCCUUAGCACUUGCAUUGCCAUCAUUCAUGGUUAGGUACGAUCACGGUAUCUCCUGUGCCAAACACAUCAUCAUAAGACACAGUCACUCCUCACCUCAAAAAGUGUUCCUUUGAUCCCCGUCGGGGAGGGGAACCUAUAAUCAUCGUACCAGCGCCUGCCUUACUCCUUCAUGAUGCAAACCGAGUAAGGAUCAAACCCAACAGUGGAGUAAUAAAUGGCUCUACUAAACUUGCCCUUACAGCCAUCCACUCGACGAAUGACUCAUUCAUCGUCGUCUGUACUGACGAUUAUGAAGCCUCAAAACUGAUUGCUGACACUUCUAUGAAAACCCUCAGAGACUGACAGUUCACCAUCUCCCCUUCACCUUUUUUGCUGACGAAACGUUCCGUUUUUGUCAAACGGCUGGACAAACUCGUCACUUCUUUAUCGACUGAGGAUCUCAAGACCUCUAUCGAGGAACAAAAUACCUGGGCGUCGACUGAACAUAUCAGCAAAAUCCCCAACGCCUCUACAAUGAUCAAGCUAACCUUCUCCAACAUCGAUAUGGCUACUAGAGCACUGUCUGACGGCCUAGCCAUCUCCUACUAUCAUAUCCAUCCAAGUCACAUAGAACCCGAACAUUUCGCCCACAUCUCACCAUGCUGGACCUGCUACUCCUAUCACCACUCAACGCCUGAUUGUCCUCUGAAAGGGAAGAAGUACUGUACAAACUGCGGUAAAGACGACCAUGACUUCAAGGAAUAAAUAACAAAAAGGCACAAUACCGUGACUGGAACGAUACACAAAUAACCCGCACAUAAAAGACAGAAGCUGACGAC